CUUCAACAAUCUAUCUAGUUUUCAUUAACAAAUCUCGUAAUGGCCCCUUGAUGCAGAGUUUCAUUUUAAGUCUGGAUAAAGAUAUACAGAGAAAUCGUGUUUCCGGACUCCCUUUUGAAUUUUUCCUGGUUUUCAAUGUUCUGGAUCUAAGGAAGCAGUCACCUUUAAUGCUGCACGAUGGCCAAAGGAAACAAAAGCAAAGCAGCUAAAAGUAAAACCAUCAGCCUGAAAGUGGCCAAAGAGUGUCUUCAGUUGACUCUGGAUGGCAAACGUCGUCUGGAUCUGAGUUUUAAGGAGGUUUCUGUGAUGCCGAAGUGCCUCCCGAAGCUGUGUGAGGUGGAAGAAGUGGACCUGAGCAGGAACCUGAUCAGAAAGAUCCCGGACUUCAUCGAUUAUUUCAUCAGCAUCCGCCUUCUGGAUCUGCACAGCAACUAUCUGGAGGAGCUCCCUGAGUCUGUCGGCCGUCUCCAGAACCUUCUGGUCCUGAACCUGUGCAACAACCGCCUGUCCAGCCUCCCCAGUGCCAUGGGUCUCCUGAAGAAGCUUCUGACUCUCAACCUGGGGAUGAACCAGCUGAACAACCUACCCUCCUCCAUCUCCGCCCUGCAGGAGCUGAGGCACAUCGGCCUCUCCGACAACAAGUUCACCCGCGUCCCCUUCUGCAUCUCCAGGAUGGACAAACUGGAGCGGGUCAACCUGGACAGGAACCCCAUCGUCACCGAGGAUAAAUCCAAUCAGUCCAUUAAUACGGAGAAGCUCUGCCUGGUGAAGGAGAGCGCCCUGUGUGAAGGCUGCCUCUAUAAGUGCCAGACGGACAGGAAGAUGAUGGAGGAUAAUGAAAACUGGAAUGAGAUCAAUUGACCGGGUAAACCCAACCUGUUGACCCAGGAAGGAAAAGAAAAAAACACUUAUAGGAACUUUAUAUGUAUAGUUUUGACUCGUUUUAUUUUACCGCACUGUUUACUCAAGCAUACUGUACUGUUUCCUUAAUUGUAAAGUGGUUUUAAGUUGUACUAGAGCGCCAUCUACUGUUCUAAAAGGUACAGUAAGUAAGUUAUUUAAACCCCCACUGAUGCAUUAUAAUUUGCUUAAAUAGAGCUGGUAUUUGCAGUGUUUUGCUCAAAGACACUCAUCAUUUUUGACAUGUGUUUUCUACUUCACUUACGUUUUUAAU